AUGACAUUUCUUAUUUUUGUACUUAUUGCAUCUUUGUUGACAACUUCUAAUGCUAUUAAUAAUCCAAUGCCUUGUGUAAAUGGUUAUUGUCCAGAGAAAUAUGCAUGCAAUGCGACCAUUAAUACAUGUAUUCAAGAUCUUACAGUUACACCUGCAUUACUUUACGAGAAACAUGAGGACAUUUAG